AUGCGACUCGUGUGGAAUCAAAAACAAAAAAAAGGUGAAUUUGCGAUAAGGAACAGUGGCACUGCAAAUGCAAUGGCUACUGGAAUAGAUGAUUUUUCGCAAUUUGUCAAUCAACAAGGAAAGUGUAUGCCUAGAAACUCUACAAGGACCGGAGAACUACUUGAAGGACUCGCAGACCCUAAGAAAAUAUUCAGGGCAUUUAACCGUGCCAACAGAAGACUUCAACCACCUCAACAAAUAGACAAAUUCGAAACUGACAUGGGAGACGCAAUCGACCCUAACGGAAACGGCAGGCAUGAGCAAGUCAACUUGAAUGUCAGAGACGUGGCACCUCUGGUGCCCGAGGGUGCACUGUAUGACUGGGCACAACCCACAACUGACAAUUUAGCUACUGCCAUAGUUUUGCCUGCAAUACAAGCUGAGUCGUUCCAGAUCACAAAUAAUAUGCUGCACUUGUUGCAAAACAAGGGACUCUUCUCUGGCACACAACUUGAAGAUCCUCAGCAACACUUGAAGAACUUCAUGUCGAUCUGUAAGACCCAAAGGCAGCCCAAUGUCACUCCAGAGGCUAUCAGGUUACUAUUGUUCCCAUUCUCGGUGACAGGAGCUUCACAGGUUUGGCUAAACUUACUCCCCAUAAAUUCUAUAGCAACGUGGGAUGAGUUAGUCAAGCAGUUUCAUAACAAGUUUCAUCCACCCAACAAAACUGCCCAACAAAUUGAUGAGAUCGUGAGCUUCAAGCAGAAACCAAUGGAGACACUGCAUGAAACAUGGAGCAGGUUCAAAGGAAUGUUGGUUAUGUGUCCACGUCAUGGUAUUCCAGAACAGAUGUUGGGACAACGAUUUUAUAUGGGACUGUCGGAUGGCUUGAAGAAUAUUGUGGAUGCUUCAGCUGGUGGGGCAUUCUUGAGCAAGACAUGGAGAGAAGGUCAGAGUUUACUUGAUAAAAUGGCACAGAAUUCGGGAUGGACAUCCAGGAAUGCACCCAUCACUCCAGUGGUACACUCAGUGCCCCUUGAUCCUUCAAACACUAUGGCUGAAAAUAUGGCGACCCUCCUGACACAAAUGAGCAUCCUCACCAAAAAGCUUGAUCAUCAUCAUCAGCACCCUGAAGAUAUGAACUAUGUAGCUAACUAUGGGGGUCAGAGACAGGGAAAUCCGAACUGGGGUCAGCAGACUCAACAACAGUACAGACCACCUCCGCCACAAUAUAACGCCGGAAACAUGGGAGGUAUAAGACCCCUCAACAACAUGGCACCGUAUCCUAGAUCCCAAGGGUACAACAAUCAGCAGCAGGGGUACCACCAGCCUCAGCAGCAGCAUGGUGGAAGACAAGACGAUGGGUUUGCUAGACUGGAAGUGGGCCAAAUUUUAAUGUCUCUGAAUAAUCGUCCUCAAGGAACGCUACCUGCAGAUACCCGAAUCAAUCCUAAAGAUCAGGGCCCGAAGCAGCUGAUGGCGGUAAGUCUCCGUAAUGGCAGGGAUCUCGAUGAAGAGCAGGAGAAAGUUCGUGCCAAUAUACAGGCUGAGACACUUAUUCAGCAUGAUACUGAGAAAGUUGCUGAAGCAGUUGAAGAGCCAGUAGUAGAGAUAGUAGCUGAGAAAGAAAAGUCCCAAGUGAUUGGGAAGAAAAGACCUCUUGCACCAUUUCCACAGAGGUUGGCUAAACACCAAAAGGAGGAGCAAUACAAAAAGUUCUUUGAGAUGCUCAAGCAAAUCCAGUAA